AUGGGCCGCAAGAAGCCUUUGACAGAGGAGGAGUUCCUGGCUUUGGUGGCCCAGCGACUGGCCGACGGAGGUGGCCAUCUUCAGCUUCGGGGCCUUUUGCUGACGCAGGUCCAGCACUGCCUGCCCUUGGCCUCCUGGGGCCAGCUGCACGCAGUGAACCUUUCCGAGUGCGGCUUGAGUGCUGCAGUGCUGCCGCAGCUCCGGGAGUUGAAUCUGCAAGACCUGCAGCUGAAUGGCAACCAGCUGGGUCCGGCUCCGGAGCUCGAGAUCUUCGCGACGUGGGGCGCGCUGCGGAGGCUGGGGAUGGGCGCCUGCGGCCUGCGGCGCGGCGCGGCAGCGCUGGCGCCGGCGCUGGCGUGGCUCAGGGGCCUCCAGCUGCGGAAGAACGACAUCCCGGCGGAGGAGUGCGACAUCUUGACCUCCGCCGCCUGCGCCAGCGCGAGCCUCGAGGAGAUGUCCCUCGCGGCGAACUCGGCGCUGCCGCAGACGUUGCGGAGGUUGGAGGAAGCUUUGGCAAAGAACCUCUUCCGGAACAGCCUUGACGCGGGCAUCUGCGAUCUUCGGAACCGGAACUUGACCGAGGCGGCGGUGAGGAGUGUGGCUGCCAUGCCGGACGCGCUGCUCACCCUGGACCUUCGGGGCAAUGCUCUGAGCGAGGAAUCUCUGGAGCUUUUGAAGACCGCGCUGGCGCAGAAGCCGGAGCUGGAGUUGCUCUUCACCGGGGAGGGCCCGCGCUGCCGCCGCCUGCGGGGCCGCAGCGCGCUGAACGCGCUGCGCCGCGCGGCGCGGCUGUGCCCUGGUGCCAGCUGCCGCGUGGCCAACCAGCGAGGCCUGGGGGACGAGGGCGUCGCAGAGCUCGCAGAGCAGCUCGGGGACUUCCCUUUGGCCUCCCUGGGCCUGGCCCACAACGAGCUGGGGCCUUCAGGCGCCGCCUCGCUGGCGCAGGCGCUGCCGCGGCUGAGGAACCUCAAGGAGCUGCUGCUGUACAGCAACCGACUAGGCUUCACGGGUGCCACGGCCAUUUGCGAUGCGCUGGCUGGAUCAUCGCUGGUGGCGCUGGACCUCGGCAGCAACGGCCUGGGCGCAGUGCCGAGGCUCGAGCGCCUGCCGAAGCUCCGGGAGCUGCAUUUGGACUACAAUGGACUCGGCCCCGAGUCCGCGGAUGCACUGCAUCGCGUGGUCGAGGACCUGCCGGAUCUCCGGAGCCUUUGGCUCCAGGGCAACUCGGGUCUGGCAGACAUCUCUCUGAGUGGCAGGCCGGCGCUGGACCCACAGGAAGAGUACGAGCCGGCGACGAAUCUUCAGUUCUCCUUGCCUCCUGCCCCGGAGCCCUUUGCGGAGCGCUGCGCGCACCUGGCCGCCGCCGCCUACCUGGAGCACUGCGGGCAUCACGCGGUGGCGGCCCGCGGCCAGGUGGUGCUGGCAGCCAUCCUCGCCAGUGACACCAGGGGCUUCCAGCUUCCAGCGCAGUGGAUCUCCUGGGAAACCAUCACUGACUUCCGGGACCCAAGAAAUCUUUCGGCCAGGACAUCCAAGAAGCUCUCCGAAGGCGACGACGGCUCAAAGAGCUCGGACGUGAAGAGCUUCGCAGAUGGCAACUCCGAUGUGAGCAUCGGCAAUUCUUCUCCUGAGAAGACGAAGACGAAGGCGAAGAAGCCAAAGGAGCGGAACAACGACAUGUUUGUUCAGGAGACCGGCUUCAAGGGGAAGCCCAUUGCCAUGACAGGAAGGCGCUAUGGAGUAGCCAUCACCUGGGACCCAGUAGACUUUUCCAAACCCGUCGACCUCGACCUCCAAGCCAUCAUCAUAGAUCGCCGAGGCUACAUCGUCGAUGCCGUGUAUUACAACAAUCUCGUUGCCUUGAACGGUGCCGUUUCGCAUUCUGGGGACGAAGUCACUGGCCAAGCCAGCGACUUCGACGAGAUGGUUUGGGCCGUUUUUGCCAAGUUGCCAGACCAGGUCAAAAUGCUACUCUUCGUGGUGGCGGCCUGUGGCGACAGCGCGCUGCGUGAUGCAGCCAACGCCACGGUUCACGUGGUCCAGGAGUUUCACGGGCACACAGUGCUUCGAUUCCCUUGCGAAAAGAGCAGGGCCGAUGUGGACGUCAUCGUCAUGAUGGAGAAGGACAACGAUGGCAAGUGGUGGCUCUACCAGGUGGAAGAGCCAGCAGAGCAUGGUGAGCACUUCCUCGACAUUUUGGAGCCCACUGUUGGGGACAUCAUCAGAAGAAGAAUCGACAACGCCCCCAAGCUCCAGCGUGUGACCUUCCAGAUGAAGAAAGGCGCCGCAGUGGAUCUGCCGAAGAAUGCCUUGAAGAGGCUGAACUUUUCGGUCAUGGCCACGAUCAAGGCCAAGGUCCGCAAGGAGAUCGACCUAGACAUCUCCGCCGUCUUUGCGGACAAGGAAGGCAACUCGCUGGGCGCUUGCUGGCACAACAACCUGGAAAUGUGGGGCUUCCAGCAUAGCGGCGACCGGGAUUCCGACGAGGACAUCAACGUGGAUCUUAUGCAGGUGCCUCUCAAGGUGCACCAGGUCUACAUCAUCGUUGAUCUGGUGGCACCCAACUACAAGGAGGUGAGCUUCAAGGACAUCACCUACGCCUCCUGCAUGGCCAGCGAUCAGAACUGCAAGACCCUUGCCAGCUUCACCCUAGAGAGCGAGAAGGAUGACUGCAACAAUCUGCCCGGUCUCAUUCUCUGCAAGCUGGUGCGGAACUCUUCGAAGCGCUGGGAGCUGGAAGCCGUGGGGACCUUCGUGCCCGGACCCUCCUGGAAGGAAGCCUGCCCAAUGAUUCUGCAGAUGAACACCUCGGCCAAGCAGCAAACGGAGGCCCAGACCCUCACAGCAGCAGCGGCAGAAGCCGCCACAAGGCGGAGAUCUCGCCUGGAAUACCGAGGUUCACUGCCUGCAGUGGCCCAGGGCGGGGCAGCUCUAUUCGCAGAGCCAGGCGAUGCAGAGCAAGGCUCUCCAGGUGCUCUAGCAGAGCCGGAGGUUGGGUCUCCCAUAACUCGGACCAUGUCCAGCCGUCAGGACUCCGAGCCGCCGAGCAUGGCGACCAUGUCCAUGACCAUGGAGAGCGGGGUUCCGGUGCCGAAGGACAUGGCGGCGAGGCGGCGCCAAAGGCCCAAGACGAACGGCAUGAUGGCCUCUUGGGAGGAGGCGCCCGCGCACAAGUCAGGGGAGUUUCCGGACAGCGCCCUGGCCAGUUUUCUGCGAGCGCGCUCGGGGUCGACCUAUUGUGAG